AUGAACUUCCUCCGCCAACGCCUUCCUGCUCCGAGGCAGGACCAGCAAGCCCGACGAGCUCGCCAGCAAGGCGGAUCGGCAGCGGCGAGCGAGAGCUACCAGCCCUCUCGCAUCGCUCAACUCGCCCAGGAGUCUCCCACCUGGUACAAAUCCGCCGCCCGCCGAAAGCUCUACUUUCUCCUCUUCCCCGCCGCCGUCGUGUCGUACGCCACGAGCGGCUACGAUGGCUCGAUGAUGAACUCCCUUCAGACCGUAUCCUACUUUGACGACUUCUUUGACAACCCGCGCGGCGCGGUUCUCGGCUUGAUGAGUGCUAUCAUGGCUCUGGGGAGUAUCUGCUCGACGCCCAUCGCUCCGUGGGUCGCUGAUAAGUUUGGAAGACGAUGGGGUAUCACGACGGGAAGCUGUAUCAUGAUUAUUGGUGCAAUUUUGCAGUGCGAGAGUACCGCGUUUGCCAUGUUUGUCGUGAGCAGGUUCAUCCUCGGAUUCGGGCUUUCUUUUGCAACUACUUCGGCUCCGAGCUUGGUUAGUGAGCUGUCGCAUCCGAAGGACCGCGUCACCAUCACGGCCAUUUGCAAUACUUGCUGGUAUAUGGCACCCAGUGUGGUACAGCUCGCAGCCAUCUGGUUUGUCCCCGAGUCUCCGCGAUGGCUUAUUUCACAUGAUCGUGGGGACGAGGCCAUGGAGGCUUUGAAACAAUACCACGGUGAAGGCGAGGAGACGGAGUUGGUCAGACUGGAGUUUGAGGAGAUCAGAGCCGCUAUUGACAAUGAGAAGAACCUCUCGAGAAUCAUGGAUACCGUUGGCAUCACAAACAAGAACACCCAAGCUCUGGUCAAUGGACUACUCAAUAUCUGGAACUUCGGUCUCGCCUUGACCACUGCAUUCUUCGUCGAACGCAUCGGACGCCGACCUCUCUUCCGCAUCUCAACUUGUGGCAUGCUCGUGGUCUUCAUCGGCUGGACCAUCGCUUCAGCCCGUUUCGCCGAGACCAGUGCCAGCUCCGCCGGUAUCGCCGUCAUGGCCCUCAUUUUCAUCUACCAGAUUUUCUACUGCAUCGCCUUCUCGCCCUUGCCGGUCGCUUAUUCUGUGGAGGUCCUGCCGUACUCCAUUCGCGCCAAGGGCAUGGCAACGUACGUCUUCUCGACCAAGGCUGCUGUCUUUGUCAACCAAUACGUCAACCCGAUUGGCAUUCAGAACAUUGGGUGGCGCUUCUAUAUCGUCUAUGUCGCUAUCUUGGCUGUGGAGGCUUGCAUCGCUUAUGGGUGGUUCUUGGAGACUAAGGGCAAGGCGUUGGAGGAGAUUGCUGUCAUCUUUGAUGGUGAAGAAGCGAAUGUUCGGAUUGCGGAGAAUGGGAAGGGAGAUGGUCCUAUUGACGUGGAGGAAACGGAGCACGCAACUUCAAAGGUCUAG